UUUGGCAGCAUUCCGCUCAAGAGAGCUACCUGACCUUUUUUGAGCUCUCAGUAGUCGAGCCCUCGAAGGGGCUUGUGCCAAGACGGGGCACGUGGAGCUGAAAUGAAGCGUGACUCUGCCACUGACAGCAAUGGCAGCGCGAAGCGGGCGAGAAGCUAUGCCGUGGGUGGAAAGGAGCUGCCCAGCCUCGGGGCGCCCAGCGCGAAGCCCCGGUCACAGACCUACGUGACCGCAGGGCAGGUGGUGGUCAUCUCUGAGGUCCUGGAAGUGGAGGACCCCUUGACCGAGGUCCAGGAGCUCAGCGCCCACUUGGACCGGAGCCGCGGCGUCCUCCUGUCCUCCUCCUACGAAUAUCCGGGCAGGUACGGACAAUGGAGCCUGGGCUUUGUGGACCCCCCGGUGUGCUUGGAGGCCUGGAGCCGGAAGUUCCGGAUCAGCGCGCUGAACUGCCGGGGCCGGCCCUUCCUGCCCACCCUGCUGGAGGCCCUGCAGGCCACGCCGGCCGUGGCCGCGGUGCAGAAGGUGGGCUCUGACAAGAUUGAGGGCGAGGUCAAGCAAACAGAGGGCUACUUUGCGGAGGAGGAUAGAUCAAAGCAGCCAAGCGUCUUCUCUGUGGUCCGCGCCAUUGUCAACAUCUUCGAGUCACACGAGGACUCGCACCUAGGCCUGUACGGGGCCUUCGGCUACGACCUCGCCUUCCAGUUUGAGAACAUCAAGCUCCACAAGGACCGGGAUCCCAGCCAACGAGAUUUGGUCAUGUACAUCCCCGACAACAUGCUGAUCAUCAACCACCAGAUGCAGUCUGCUUGGCGCAUGAAGUAUGACUUUGCUUUUGCAGCCGGCGGAAAGAUCCUAAGCACCAAGGGCAUGCACGACAAGGGCCCCGAGGUGCACUUCAAGCCCAGGACACAGAUGCCCCCCGGCAAGGACCGCCGCGAGCUCAAGCCGGGGGAGUUUGCCAAGCAGGUUGACGUUGCCAAGGAGAAGUUCAAGCGGGGGGACCUUUUCGAGGCCGUCCUCUCGCAGACCUUCCGGGAGCCCUGCAAGGCCCGGCCCAGUGAGGUCUUCCACUGCCUGCAACGGCGGAACCCUUCGCCCUAUGGCUUCUUGAUGAACCUGGGUGAGGAGGAGUACUUGGUGGGGGCAUCCCCUGAGAUGUUUGUGCGAGUGGAGAGCAACCUGAAGGGCCUUCGGGUCGAGACAUGCCCGAUCUCCGGCACCAUUCGGCGAGGCAAGGAUGCACUGGAGGAUGCCGAGAACAUCAAAACGAUCCUGGCAGAUCCCAAAGAAGAGUCGGAGAUCACCAUGUGCACAGAUGUGGAUCGUAACGACAAGUCUCGAAUCUGCGAGCACGGCAGCGUACAAGUCAUUGGGAGGAGACAGAUCGAGCUCUACAGCAAGCUGAUUCACACGGUCGAUCAUGUUGAGGGCUACCUGCGCCCCGAGUUCGAUGCGAUCGACGCGUUUCUGGUGCACACCUGGGCCGUGACGGUGUGUGGGGCACCCAAGGCCUGGGCCAUGCAGUUCGUGGAGGAGAUGGAGCCAUCCCAGCGGUGCUGGUAUGGGGCCUCCGUGGGCCACGUGGCCUUUGACGGGCACCUCAAUACCGGCCUCACCUUGCGCACAGUGCGCAUCAAGGAAGGCGUGGCAGAAGUCCGAGCAGGGGCCACGCUGCUUUUUGAUAGCGUGCCGGAGUCCGAGGAGAAGGAGACGGAGCUGAAGGCAUCCGCGUGUCUGAACGCGGUGAGAAACCCUCAUGACGUGCCAAGCGAAGUCCCGCGAGCUCCGAGCUUGGUGCAGACGCAGGAGAACCACAGGGUGGUGCUCAUCGAUUUUGAAGACAGCUUCGUCCACACGUUGGCCAACUACAUCCGGCAGACGGGUGCAACAGUCACAACGGUCAGACACACCCAGGCAGAGCACAUGUUGGCCGCGGCCAAGCCGGACCUCGUGGUUUUGUCUCCUGGCCCUGGUCGGCCCACGGACUUCGGGGUGUCAAAGCACAUCGAGAGGCUGCUGACUUUGGGCUGCCGCAUCUUCGGGGUUUGCUUGGGCCUGCAGAGCAUCGUGGAGCACUUCGGGGGGAGGCUCGGCCAGCUGCCGCUGCCCAUGCACGGCAAGCCCACCGAGGUGCAGGUCCGAGAGCCAGGAACCAUCUUCAAGACCUUGCCCUCGAGCUUCGUGGUGGCGAGGUAUCACUCCCUCUACGGCCUGCGGCCCCUGCCCGAGUGCCUGUUGGAGACAGCCACUGUGAUGCCAGGCCUCUCCUCCGGAGAUGGCAUUGAGCCAGACAAGCCAAUCCUCAUGGGCAUUCAGCACAAAACGCUGCCGAUUGCAGCCGUGCAGUUCCACCCCGAGUCCAUUUUGACCAGCCCUGAACUGGGUGUGCAGAUGUUAGUUAACGCUUUUUCCCUGUGAGGCCGACAGCGGCCUAGCAAUCUCGGGGCUUCUUUACUCACCACAUUCUGUGCAGUGUUACAGCGCGAGAGUUCUGAAGCUACUGUAAAGAGU